GCCCAGAUUAUAACCUGUUGACUCAAGUCAUCUUCUUGCUUCUCUUCACAAUGUAUUCUCCUUUUCAUGAAACUCAUUGAAACCGGCUGGGACCGAUCAUACACACACAUAUAAAUCAGCAUUUAGGCAGCUCCAUUAACACCCCGCCAAGAAGCGUGCAUGUACAGCUUGUGUUUAUUGACCAGUCAAUUCCAUCAAUCAGCUCACCCUUCGAGGCAAAGGUACAACCGUGUAUACUCUGUCUACGCUGUGGACAGAUCUGGACGACUGCCACUUCAUUCAAAAUGUCCGAUAUACGACGUCGAGUGCCUAUAGACCCAUCCGGGACAUCCGUCGUGAGCGAAGAGCCUCAGGUGUCUGACAAGGAGAAAAAUGCUGGAUUGAAACAUGGGGUUUUCAUGCAGAUAUUCCGGUCUCUUCUGCUUAUAACAUGGUUCAACUGUUGCUGUGUCUGUAUAGUAGCGACACAGCUGAUCGGAGCCCCGUUAUACCUUGUCAACAAAGACUACUACUACGCCUAUAUGGCAAUGACGAAGCAAUGCUUUGGUAUCCUCAUGAUCACUAUUACCCAGUGGGGUGCCCCGACGGUAGUCCGUGUCAGCGGAGAUGAUUCAGUUAAUGGGCAGAUACAAAUGACUGCCAACGGCCUGCUCAAGACGAACUUUCCGGACCGCCUCGUGUUCAUUGCAAAUCACCAAGUCUACACAGAUUGGACGUAUCUGUGGUGGGUGGGCUAUACAUCCCGUAUGCACGGCCACAUCUACAUCAUCUUGAAGGAAUCACUCAAGUACCUACCGGUCCUUGGUCAAGGAAUGAUGUUCUAUGGCUUCAUCUUUAUGGCCCGUAAGUGGGAAGCGGACAAACCGCGCUUGGAGCAUCGCCUACAAAAGCUGAAGACGAGACACUCUGGCCCCAUGUCUGGUCCACAGAGUUUAGACCCUAUGUGGUUGUUGAUAUUCCCAGAGGGAACCAACCUUUCCAUCAACACGAAGAAUGUCAGCAAUCGAUACGGAGAAAAGAUGGGCAUCGAACCUCUCAAACAUAUGAUUCUUCCACGAUCAACAGGUCUACUGUUUUGCUUACAGCAGCUACGAGGUACCGUAGACUAUGUCUAUGACUGUACCGUGGGCUAUGAGGGACCACCAAAAGGCGUAUAUCCCGAUCGAUUCUAUACUCUACGAUCCAUCUACGGUCAGGGCCGGCCCCCGAAGUCCGUGAACAUGUACUGGCGACGCUGGUCCUUAGCAGAAAUUCCUUUGGAUGACCCGAAAGCUUUCGAGCAAUGGUUAUUGGAGCGUUGGAGGGAAAAGGAUGCUCUGCUCGACCAGUUCUUUGAGACCGGACGCUUUCCGACUUCUUUGGGCUCUUCCAUCGAGACACAACACAUUCCUGAUAAACAGAAGGAAGAGGCUUCCCGUGGAUACGUAGAGACAGAGAUACAGUUGGCACGCUGGAUUGAAAUUGCGGAAAUCUUUGUGGUUCUCUUAUUAGUUGGAUUUUUAUGCAGGUUGCUCUGAAUUCAUUCAAACUCCCUGCAUGUGAUGGUCAUGGCGUUUUCGGGCUUGGAGAUGGUAUUGGUCAGGCGAAUAGAUUAUAGCGAUAAUACUCUCUUAUUGGACAAUAGCGCAGUUUGAAUAUAUAAAUAAUCAAUCAACAAAGUGUUCUUAUUCUC